UUUCCCUCGCUUGUUUCAUAUCCGGUUCAGAGGUUAUCAACGUGGCUGGCGAUGUUUUCAAGCGUGCGGAGAUAAUUUAGAGGGAAGUUUGGUGACUGCGAAGACUAAAAACAGUGAAAAAUGGGUGAGUUUAAGGUCCACCGGGUUCGCUUCUUCGACUACAUGCCCAGUGCGAUCCGAGCCAUGGCGUAUAACAGCCGGACUGAGCGGCUGGCUGUGGCCCGGGCGGAUGGAUCGGUGGAGAUCUUCAACUUCUCUGACAACUACUUCCAGGAAAAGGUGAUCCCCGGUCGGGACGGCCGAGCUGUGGAGGCUCUUUGUUGGGUCGGUCAGCGUCUGUUCAGCGCCGGUUUGAACGGUGAGAUCACAGAGUACGACCUGGAGAAUCUGAAGCCUCAGUACGUCAUCGAGGCCUACGGAGGACCGAUCUGGACCAUCAGCUGCAACAACCAGGGAACACAUCUGGCGGUUGGCUGUGAGGACGGAACAGUGAAGCUGUUUGAAAUCCUGAAGGAGAAGAUUCAGUUCCAAAGAAACCUCGACAGGCAGAAAAAUCGGAUCAUAUCUCUGAGUUGGCAUCCUUCUGGUGCUCAGAUCGCAGCUGGAAUGAUGGACAUGAUCAGAAUCUUUGACACUGAGACGGGCCGGGCGACCCACCGGCUGCUGGUGGAACGAGGAAUCGGAGCGUCUAGAAGCCGGGAGGUGGUGGUUUGGAGCGUCGCCUUUCUGUCCGAUAACACCAUCAUCAGCGGAGACUCAGCGGGGAAGGUCCAGAUCUGGGACGGACUCAUGGGGACUCUGGUCAGAACCCACCUGGUCACCAAGUGGGACGUCCUGGCGCUGGCGGUGUCGCAGGACGAGAGCAGUUUCAUCGCCGGGACGUCACAAGGAACCGUCGUCCAGUUCCAGUUCCUGUCCUCCACCGUGGACCGGCAGGAUCGGGACCACGAGUGGGUCAGUACCAGGACCUUUAAGAACCACUCGCACGACGUGAGGGCGCUGGCUCUGACCGACACCGCCGUGGUCUCUGGAGGUAUGGACACUCAGCUGGUGGUGCACCCCCUGCUGGACAAAGUGGAGAAAUACACCCACGAGGCGGCGCAGCGCAAAAUAGCUUUUCCACAUAGGAGUCUGGUUGGUUGUGCAAAGAAAGCCGGACUGCUGCUCUUCCAGUUUCCAGAUCAUUUAGAGCUGUGGAGGCUCGGAGAGAGCGACGGAAACGGGAAACCUGGAGACAGUCUGACUGUGAAGAGGAAACCAGAGAAGCUGCUGCAGCUGAAGAGGAAGGGAGACGAUCACAUCUGCUGCAGCGCUUUGUCUCCAUGUGGAGGCUGGCUGGUUUAUUCCACCGUGUCCAGCGUCCGACUCUACAAACUGCAGCACAACAACAACAACGUCAGCGUCAACAAGAUUUCCAAACUGCCCAAAGAGCUUCGAUCGGUCCAUCAGCUUUGCUUCUCUGCGGAUUCCUCCAAGCUCUUCGCUGCUUCCAGUCAGUCUUCUGUUGUUGUCGUUUCUCUGAACCAGCUGGAGUGUAAAUAUGUUCAAACCCUCAGACACAAGUCAGACUCCAGACAGCCGAUCCACCUGCUGUAUCCCAGUGAGGACGGUAAAUGGUUGGCGGCAGCAAACACCGACUGUCAGAUCCACGUCUACAACCUGCACAAGAUGAAGCUGCACUGUUCGGUCCCGGUGUACAGCUCCUGUCCCACCGCCGUCGCCAUCCACCCGGCCACCAACAACCUGAUCUCUGUUCACGCCGACCAGCAGAUCUUCGAGUUCUCACUGCAGCAGAAGGAAUACACCGAGUGGAGCCGGAAGCUGCAGAAACAAGGACUUCACGGUCUGUGGCUGAAGAGGGACACUCCGGUUACCAGCGUCGGAUUCAACCCCAACCCCACGCACAUCGUCCUCAACGACACCUUCAUGCUCUGCAUCAUCGACCAGAGUCUGCCUCUUCCUGAGUCGUCGACCAUCCUCUACAACCAGAUGACUCUGAGGAGUCUUCCUGCUCCAGAGAGAACCAGACAGAGUCACGCCUUCAAGAUCUGCAAGAACUUCCAGCACCUGCUCAGCGUGUCCCUGCUGGACGACCUGUCCCUGGUGGUGGUGGAGCGCCCCCUGCUGGAUGUCAUGUCUCAACUGCCGCCACCCAUCAGACAGAAGAAGUUCGCCACAUAAAGACAAGAAAACCUGAAUUUGUUAGAGAAAGUUUUAAUAAAGAAAUAAAGUCA